UGUUGCUUUGCUGUUAGUGCAACUUUAAAUUCUUCGUUCUUCAUUCCCAGUGUGUUGAUUUAAGGAAUUGAGACUUAUGACAAUGCCACCCUCCGAGGAAAGGGAAGAAAGUUUCAAGCCAGAAACUCUGGUCGACAUCCUCCCUCUUUACUACAACAGGCUUUUCCCUUGCGAAACAUUCAUCAAGUGGCUCAGCUACGGCAAAGAUGAGCUCGAGAAAAGAGAGUUUUCGUUCACAUUGGAGGGGGACAUUUAUCUUCGGUACCUGUCGUUUAAGGACGCCGCCGAAUUCAAGGAGGAGUUGAAGAAAAAGAAGCCGAUUAAAAUCGACGUCGGCGCGGUUUACACAAACACACUGAAGGAUAAAAGGAUAACUCAGAAACAACCAACUGAGCGAGAAAUGGUUUUUGAUAUUGAUAUGACAGACUAUGAUGAUGUCCGAACGUGCUGCAGUGAAGCCAGUGUGUGCCAAAAGUGCUGGAAAUUCAUGGUUGUGGCUGUCCAGUGCUUGGAUGUGGCCCUUAGAGACGAUUUCGGUUUCAACCACUUGCUCUGGGUGUUUUCUGGCCGUCGUGGUAUCCAUUGUUGGGUGUCUGACGAGGAGGCAAGAACCAUGUCAGGUUGGGAAAGAGGUUGCGUUGCUCAGUACCUAUCCCUGCUGACCUCAGAUACCAAAUCAACUAGAAGAAUCAUUUUGAACUCUGAGAGAUUGGAUCCACCUGCAUCGCGAGCUGUGAAAAUUGUUGAAACGCAUUUCAACGAUAUAAUUUUGAAUGAUCAAGAGGUCCUUGACAGCCCUAAAGGCGUCCAGUAUCUCUUAGACUUGGUGCCCGAUGAUGUUUUGAAGCAGGAGUGCGAAAAGGCUAUGGCGGAUAAAAUUGAUUCAGUCAGCAAAUGGAAGGCUUUCUGCAAAACUGUUCAGUACCACAACCAAGAAGACGUGAAGGCAAAGAAAGGGCGACGGCGAAGGAUUCAGACUGCCCUGCUGAUCGAGGAAGUGAUGCUGCACUAUCUGUACCCUCGUCUGGAUAUCCACGUCACCACAGGGCUGAACCACUUGCUGAAAGCCCCCUUCUGCAUUCACCCUAAAACCGGAUACGUCUGCGUGCCUUUCAACCCAAAACACGUCGCCAAAUUCGACCCCACGGCUGUUCCCAGCAUCAACGUUCUGCUCAAGGAACUUGGUAAUUUUGAAGAAUCGACUGCAUCAGAAAACGUGCGUGAGUACAGAAAAACUAGCAUGAACCGCAGCGUCGCGAUUUUCGACGAAUUCGUCUACUCGCUUGCCAGAAUGAAGAACGACCCCAUGGAGUUUUAGCUUUAAUAAUUAAAAUAUCAGCUUCGUUAAUUACACAA